CUCGUAAUGAUUGAAUGCGCAAACUCUGUUAGAUGCUAAAAUGUAUUUCCGCUUUAAUGAUAAAAGAUAUUUAGAUAUUUUUAUCCGUCAGAAGAUUAAAACUUCCUCAGACAUCGUCGUUUAUUCGUGAGACGAAUGUCACUUACCUCCAUAAUCAACAAAAGUAUUCACACCUGAGCUGCACACGUAAUACACAGUACAUAUACAUCGGGAUGAAGUAUGGUGCAGCGAGAAGAUUUUUUAAUUUUGAGGACAAGCGUUUUCUAACACAUUGGAUAUUUUUAACCUUACUCACAUUUCUGAUAGUGUUGCCCGUCUUUUGCUACAGACUUCGCUUUUCUUUCUAUUCAUUGAUCUUGAGACAAAGCAAACCAGAAGGUAGACGGAUGCUGACAGAAGAAAAUAAUGAAAGAUUAAAAUUUUCAGAUGAAUUUAUCAAAAAGUUACAAAGAAAAAAUAUAUUAGAACCGGGAGUGAAAAUUGAUGUUGGCAUUUCAAUAAUUUCCGUUUCAAGAAAUCGCCAUUCGUUUGAUGCAUAUGAACCUAGAUAUUUAUCUCAGGUUGUUGCUUAUUUUUUGGAACAAUUGCAGAAUUCAUCAAAAUUACAGCUUACUUAUAAGUUAUUUAUUUGCAAUGUUGACGAAGAGCCAUCUACCUUCAACGAAGCAUUAAAAUUAUCUAGAAUAAUACCAACGUUUAAUCGAUUCCCAAAUUCUUCAAGGACCCAGAGGAGAACCAUAACCUUGACCCUUGAAAAAGAAAAAGAAGAUUAUGUUUAUUGUGGUGAACAAACUCUACGACAGAAUGUUUCUUAUGUUUUUCUUGUGGAAGAUGACGCCCUUCCCCAUAGAGACUUGUUUACAGUUCUUGAAUACUUGCUGACAAAACAAAAACACAAGAUGAAUGCAACGUACGUGAAGUUCUAUCAUCCAGAUCGACUUCUAGGGUACAUUAGUUUUGAACUGGAGAGGAUACCAGAAUUAAUAGGAAUCAGUAUAAUGAUGGCUGCCUUAUUUGUAUCUCUUUAUCAAAAACUACGCCCUUCUAACAAUAUAAAUCAAAGUGUUUUGUGGAUGGCAUCUAUUAUUUAUUUUAUAUUAGUUUUUCUUGCUAUAGGCAGACAGAACCUCAUAGAACUGAGGCGAAUAUCAAAAUACUUAUAUCAAGUGACUCCUGCGCCAUCUUGUUGUACACCAGCUAAUUUAUAUACACGGCAUGGUAUGCGACAAAUAGUCGACUAUUUAAAAAGCAUACAAUGCUAUUCCAAAUUUGGUAAAGACACUGCCAUUGACACUUUUCGCAAAGAAAACAAAUUGACAGCAUUAAUGGUGCAACCAAAUCUGUUUCAACACAUAGGAAUGUAUUCUUCGUUACGAGACAAUAUUUUAAAUCCAUUUAUAGUGUAAUAAAUGACCGUGCGAUAAAAGAAACUAGACAUGGAAGGGUAUUGUGUUCAAUAAGUUUAUAUGUUCGUUUGGGCCAUCCGACACUUAUAUAUUUUUACCUUUAUGGUCCAUUGUUUGAGUUUGACCAAUGUUAAAAAAAAAACCAGGUUGGGCUAAGAAUAACGACACCAAGUAGCAUUCAAUGAAAAAGAGAUUUGCCAACAUAUUAGUUUGGCAAAUCAGAUAGUUAUUAUAACAAAAGGACUUGAAAAUAAAAUUCUAAAAGGAAAAGCAUUGUGUUCAAAUAACCACUAUACGAUAUUUAUCAUCCGAAUUCAGAUAUUUGACGCAAACAAAUUGAUUUGUUGGUUGCAGGUUGGCAGUUGGCAAUUGUUCAAAAUGAUAAAACAAUGCGGGUAAAAUAAUUAAAAAAAAUCCUCGAAGAAUAACGUGAAACGUUUUGUUAGGUUGUAAGUUUAACUUACAAUACUCAAGGGAUAUCCACACGACGGCAUCGAGUGCAGGCCUCGUAGUUAAAUAAAUUUUAAAUAUUU